UAACCUCACUUUUUCUCACUAACAACUUAACCUAUAACAAACGUGUUUUUGCACUUAUUUUUUAUAUAAAUUUGUAUUGUUUAGGUUAUUCAAAAUGAAUAAACCAUGGAAAAAAUAUCUCUUGUGGUUUGCACAAGAACAUAUUGAAUUUCGCUUUGAAGAAAUUGAUUCAUUACUUUCCAUGUUUAAUAUUAAAAUGAGAUAUUCAAACGAACCAAAUAAUACGGCGCCUUAUUGGAUAGUUGAAUUUGAGUCAGAAAAUGACUUAAAACGUUUAGUUAGCAGAUCGGUCUCCAUUAGAUCAUGUAUGGAAUUGUGGGCACAUGCAAAAGACAUUCAGAGUUUGCACUGCCAGUUACAGAAUUUUCCAAAAAAAAUAAUGGAGCCCUAUUUUCAACCACAUUUGUCUUUCAAAAUUGAAGUGGAAACCUUUUGUCGCCACUUCACCCAAAAGGAAAAAAUUAAUAAACUUGAAAGUUUUAGUUAUCUGCCCGUUCAAGGCCCUGUUAAAUUAAAAGAUCCAGAUGUUUGUUUACAUUACAUUGAGUAUUACGGGACAAGGGCUAAUGACCCACCUGAAUACCCCUACGACGUUUUUUUUGGUAGAUGGAUAGCUAAUGGUUUAAGACAAUUAAUUAGAAAAUUGUCACUGAAAACUCGUAAAUUUAUUGGAAAUACUAGUAUGGAUCCACAGUUGUCCUUAUUGAUGGCUAAUCAAGCCCAAGUCAAGGAUGGGGACAUAGUGUUAGACCCCUUUGUAGGCUCUGGGUCUCUCCUUGUAGCAGCUGCAGAAUUCGGCGGGUUUGUCAUUGGGGGCGACAUUGAUUAUUUAAUGUUACAUGCAAGGACUAGGCCAUCACGAAUUAAACAAAAGGAAAGAGCAGCUGAUGAAAGCAUUAAAGCAAAUAUGGAACAGUAUAAUUUACAACACAAAUAUUUAGAUGUGCUCAUAAACGAUUUUGCUUCAUCUUUUUGGAGAGAUGAUGUUGAGUUUGAUUCAAUAAUAACCGAUCCCCCCUAUGGGAUCCGAGAAGCAACAGAAAGAGUGGGCACAAGUAAAGAAAACUUCACUGUGAGCGAAAAACACUUGCCCACACACAUUCCAGCUAAAAUUGAAUAUGGAAUUUCUAGCAUUUACAACGACUUGUUGAAAUUUUCUGCAAAACAUUUGAGGUUAGGUGGGAGGCUUGUUUGUUGGUUUCCUGUCUUCAGAGAAGACUAUACUCAAGAAGGACUUCCGUCACAUCCGUGUUUAAAACUGGUUGCCAAUAGCGAACAAAUUUUAACUAAAAUUACGUCCCGAAGACUUUUAACGUUUGAAAAAGUACGCAAUAUUAACCCGAAAGACGCCAAUUCAGAUCAAAAUAAAAUUGUCGACUUUAGAGAAAAAUAUUAUGUCGCUCGUGAGGAAAGUAGGAAAGAAAGACGAAUGCGGGAAGCGAUGAUACGGAAAGAAAACUGGAUUAAAUCACAAAACAAAAAUAAUCCAAUUUGAAAUUUUAUAAUAGAUCAUUUUUUAAAA